AUGCGCAAACCCAAGACGAAGCGUGGUCACGACCAAACCAAAAUUGCCACGUCGACAUCAGCGUCGCUAAGCUCAGCGCGCGGCGACGGCCACAAAGACCCACUCCCUAUCUUGAAAGAGUUGCUCCCGUGGCCAAUUUCACUGCUUGCCGCGUUUGCAGACUUCGGAACCAUAUUGAGUGGGUCGAGAGCCGUUGGCGGCGCACACAACGAAACGUCGGACUUCGACCUUUAUCAGAUUGCAGACAAAGGAGCUCUUAUUAACAUUGUCUCUGUCCUCAACUUUGCUCGUAUACGAUGGCACAAUCUUCUCCUGAGUCAAAUCGACGAGGAAGUGGUUGCGCAUGGGCUAGCCGUGAUCCCAAUGGAAGAAAUCGAUCGUCUUGUGGUGGGUGUGUUUCAUGGGAGAAAUUGGGGGAGGCAGCAGGACAUUGAAGAGUAUCUGGAAUCGGUAUUGAUACGAUCAAAGUCCUACGGAAAGUACAAAGACCUCCCAGCCCAGUUCACUCUUGCUCUGAAAAUGUGUUCCGGCCCGACUUGGAAAGAGAAUAGGUUAUGGGUAUACACUCCUGGGGCUGACUCGAACCGAUGCAUUCGCAAACUCCCUCCGGCAAUCACCGAGCCCGUGUCCGAACUACUCAAAACCCUGCGGAAAUAUUCCAGCGUUGAUGACGAGGACUUACUCGAAGAAAUUCCUGACGAGAAAUCAAUGGAAGGAGUCAAAAAUGCCUGGAAAGCUGAAGGAUAUGCAGAACCGAUGCUGCGUAAAUGGCUCCGUUAUAAGGCGAUCGACCGAGCGCCAUGGGUGAGAGAUGAAGUCGAAACUCUUCUCAACACGAUACUCCACGUUAACCAGACUGAAUCGCAACCUACGGACACUGAACCACAAUUUGCGAAGCUCUAUGGACCGUUCAAGAUACUUCGGGGAACAUUGCCGAAUAAGAAGCAAGUACAGCUUAUGCUUAUACCCCCGAAAAGAAAAGAAGGGAAACGGGAAUAUGGAAUCAUACGCACCGUCCUCAACUACCACGCGACUCACCCCAUGGCGUUCAUUGGCGGCGCCCAAGGCGGCCACCUAUACUAUGACACCACAAGCCAAGGAAUAAGCUUGAAGCUUGACUUUAGGAAUGACCCGAGGCAUAAACACGCUGAGGAAGGCAUCGUGAAAAUGAAAGAAAGAGGUUGGACUUUUCGAGACAUGGGUAAACAUUGUCUCAGACGAAGCGCUUUGGAUCGAAGCACCCAUUUGACUGAAUACGAGGAUAUCUACAAGUCUGCACGCGAGCGUGUACGCAAGGGCAACGAAGAACUUCCAAAAGAGUGGAAUCAAUAUUUUGACGAAAGACGGCGGGCAGUCGAGACAUACACUUGGCUGGAAAGAGAUGGUUGUAUUACGGAGAUCAACAACACCGCGAAAAGCACGCUUUUCCAGUCAGACCCUCCCGAACUAUUGUCCAACUGGGUUCACGACAAGCUGAGCGGUCACGAAGACGUGAUCCCAAAAGACCAGUGGGAGGCAAGAGACCUUUUCAAGGCGGAAUUGGAUCUCUGGUUUGGCGGUUACAAACAGGAUUGGUACGAUGAUCUAUGUCACCUUUUGUAG